CUUCUUAAUUUCAAGUCCUUUUUUUUGGGGGUUUCUUCACACACACUUUAUUAAUUUAAAGUUUAACUAAAUAAGAAAUAUGUCAGGAGUUUGGGUAUUCAAGAAUGGUGUCGUCCGGCUUGUUGAAAACUCCGGUGGCGAUAGCCAAGGCGGCUCGAGUGGUGGUCGUCGCAAGGUCUUGGUCCAUGUCCCUAGCGGUGAAAUCAUUGCAUCCUAUGGUGAUCUUGAGAGGAAGUUAACAGCUUUAGGUUGGGAGAGAUACUAUGAUGAUCCUAACUUAUUGCAAUUCCAUAAGAGAUCCACAGUUCUUCUCAUAUCACUACCUAAGGAUUUCAACAAGUUCAGGUCUAUGCACAUGUAUGAUGUUGUUAUCAAGAAUCGCAACGAAUUCGAAGUUAGGGACAUGUCUACUAAUCUUAACUAAUGGUUUAUUCAUGUCCCUUAAUAUAGUAUAUUUGAUUCUAUAAGUGUGAGAAUGGUGUUUGUGGUUUUUUUUUCCCUUCUUUUUAUUAGUUUGGUGUGAAUGAGUGUCAUUUCAGUUUUUAGUUUUGUAGGGUUUUCUCUGCUUGGGUAUGGUAAUGUAACAGUUUGAUCAAAUUUGACAAUGUUUGGUGAGUGAAUGUGAUUGGCUUAUUUGUGAUAUUAUUUUGUGGAUCAAUAAUGUGACAAUUAAAGUUUGCUUUGCAUAUGUGGUUAUAUUGUAGAUAUAGCUGAAUUGUAAAGGUAAAGCAUGGUAUAAAAGAUUACUAACUGUUGUACAUAUUUUUAGAAAAAAUGUUAGAUUUCAA